AUGAAGAAAGCGUACCUCAGUUAUCAAUUGCGCAGUGCAACAAAUACCCAUAUUGAGCUCACCAACUACGGUUUCCCAGUCAAACUCUUACCCUCCUCAGUCCAUGGCUACUCCAUAAACAAGACCUCCGGUGACUUCUCUGUCGAGGUCGGCGGUGACUGCAAGAUCACUCUCCUACCGGACAACUACCUCGCCACCUAUUCUAAGACAGUCAGGGGAAAGAUCGUUUCGGGUAAGAUAGCUGAGCUUGACGGGAUUCGGGUCUGUGCAUUGUUUAAAUGGUGGUCCAUCACCGGGAUCCAAUCCACCGGCGAAGACUUGGUGUUUGAGGUCAGCAUGGUCACCGUCAAGGCUCAGAUCUGA